AUGGAGCAAAAUCGCCUUUGGCGCCGGGAAGUUGCCAAAGACGCGUUUGUUGUUUAUGAGGGCCACCAUAAUGACCUCGGUGCUCAGCUUGCCAAUGUUGUCUUACCCGGAGCUGCAUAUACCGAGAAGUCUACUGUAUGGGUUAACACGGAGGGUCGCCCACAACUUGGUCGUGCUGCCGUGCCACCACCUGGUGCAUCCCGUGAAGAUUGGAAAUCAUCCGUGCUAUUUCUGAGGUGGUUGAGCACUCGCUUCUGUACAACGAUGUUCUCAUGCUACAAGACCACUCUUGCUACCAUCAAUAAGUCCGUCAAUUUCUAA